AUGAGGAUCCUCACUUUCCUGCUCGGACUUAAGACGUUGUGGGUUUUGGCUUUCUCCUCGCUCUCCAAUACGAUGGCUGUGAAUAACAGCGGUAAAUGGUGGGGUAUAGUGAAUUCUGCCUCUAUUGGCAAUGUGCUCCCUGGAUCAGAUAUAGAGCCGGUUCCUCUGUUGUUGGACCCAAGUCUACAGCUUUUGAGUAGAAGACAGAGACGUCUAAUCCGCCAAAACCCUGGAAUCCUCCAAAGCAUCACCCGAGGGCUUCUCAGUGCCAUCCGAGAGUGCAAGUGGCAGUUCCGGAACCGCCGUUGGAACUGCCCCACAGGACCUGGAAAUCAUGUGUUUGGAAAAAUCAUCAACCGAGGCUGCAGGGAGACAGCCUUUGUGUUUGCCAUCACUAGCGCUGGUGUGACUCAUUCCGUGGCUCGCUCCUGUUCUGAGGGCUCUAUUGAGUCCUGUUCAUGCGAUUACAGGCGCCGGGGCCCUGGGGGUCCAGAUUGGCACUGGGGAGGUUGCAGCGACAACAUUGACUUUGGAAGGUUCAUUGGAAAAGAGUUUGUUGACUCCAGUGAAAGAGGGAGAGACCUAAAAUAUCUGGUGAACCUACACAAUAACCAAGCAGGCAGGAUGACAGUGUUAUCAGAGAUGCGCCAGGAGUGCAAGUGUCAUGGAAUGUCAGGAUCCUGCUCUCUUCGUACCUGCUGGAUGCGACUCCCCCCAUUCCGAGCAGUUGGGGAUACCCUGAAAGAUCGUUUUGAUGGUGCAUCCAGAGUCACAUACAGUAACAAUGGCAGUAACCGUGGUGGCUCACGAAGUGACCUUCCACACCUGGAACCUGAGAACCCCACUCAUGCAAUGCCUUCUUCUAAAGAUCUUGUAUACUUUGAAAAGUCCCCAAACUUCUGCAGCCAUAGUGAAAAGACUGGAACUUCAGGUACAACUGGGAGAUUAUGUAACAGCACCUCUUUAGGUUUGGAUGGCUGUGAACUCCUGUGCUGUGGGCGCGGUUACAGAAGUCGAUCUGAAAAAAUCACUGAACGCUGCCACUGCACCUUUCACUGGUGUUGUCAUGUCACCUGCUUGAACUGCACUACCACGCAAGUGGUCCAUGAGUGCUUGUGA